AGUCAUACUGUCAAAGAAUAAAAAGGGCGGAGGAAGGAUUCCCUGACUCUACAAGCAGGUUAAAGGGAUGAAAAAAUGGCCUUGAUCAUUUUCAACAGAAAACCAAGUCAGUUUUUCAUUUAACAGGAUAAUUCUCAUUGAAAGUAACACUUUGUUUACCGGCUUGGAGUGACACAGCUUAACUGUUGCGCUGGACCUGCUGAGGAAAACAAAGGGCCGGAGGAGGGGCACCAGGAGGAGACGUGCUGCUGCCAGGUCGAGCAGGAAGCUUGAGCACAGGCUCCGUGAGGUGAUGAGGACGGCCAGGCGGGCGAGCAAUGUGGAGGUGCCCUCUUUCCUCCGCCAGUUGGUCAAAGAGACGGAGAAGAUGGUCACCUUCUUUUUCAAAGGGGGGUCCAGGGAAGCAGGGCCCGGGGAGGAGGACUCUUUGGAUGAGGAUGACUUGAUGCCGAGCCCGUACCUGGAGCGUCCCAUCUUAGAGAAGCAUGUGUCGGAGGGGGGGUCUAAGUCAGUGAACUACGCUUUGGCGAGCAUGCAGGGCUGGAGGGCUCAGAUGGAGGAUGCCCACACCUGCAUGCCCCAGAUGAGAGGGGAGCUGACAGAGUGGGGAUACUUUGCGGUUUUUGACGGACAUGCUGGUAACACAGUGGCACAGUACUGCUCCAGAAACCUGCUGGAUCACAUCCUGGCAACAGGUGGGGUGAAAGCGAUUGAGGACCCCGAGCAGGUGAAGGAGGGGAUCCGUGAGGGCUUCCUGGACAUCGAUCGCCACAUGCACAAACUGGCUCGCCAGGACAACUGGGACCGAAGUGGCUCCACUGCAGCGGCCGUCAUUAUUUCACCACGUUACAUUUACUUUAUCAACUGUGGGGACUCCCGCACUCUGCUCUGCCGUAACGGCAAGGUGGUCUUCUACACAGAGGACCACAAGCCGUUCAACCCCAGAGAAAAGGAGCGCAUCCAGAACGCUGGAGGCUCGGUGACCCUGCAGAGAGUCAACGGCUCGCUGGCCGUUUCCAGAGCACUGGGGGACUUUGACUUCAAGGAGGUGGACUGGAGGCCGCAGACUGAGCAGCUAGUUUCACCGGAGCCGGAGGUGUACGAGCUGGAGAGGACACCUGAAGACGAGUUCCUAAUUCUAGCAUGUGACGGUGUGUGGGACGCAAUUAGCAAUGAGGAACUGUGUGCCUUUGUGCGCAGCCGUCUGCAGGUGUGCGAUGACCUGAGAGAGAUUUGUACCCAAGUCAUUGACCUCUGCCUCUAUAAGGGAAGCCUGGACAACAUCAGCAUCAUCAUCGUCUGCUUCCCCGGUGCCCCCCAGGUGUCACGAGAGGCGCUGCAGCAGGAGGCAGAGCUGGAGCAGCAGAUUGAUACGAAAGUGGAAGAAAUCGUCCAGAUGAUGAGGUCCAGAGACGAGGACCCUGACCUUCUUUAUGUGAUCAGGUUCCUGGCUGAAGAAGAGAUGCCAGGACUUCCACCAGGAGGAGGCAUCACCAGCAAGCGAGACUGUAUCAUCUCUGCAUAUCAGAAACAUACUAUGACUCUUAGAACUCAGGAGCCCAUGGACAUCGAAGGAUCAGAGGACUCAAACUAAAGUGGUUACCGUGGAAACAGACUCACCAUCAGCUUCAUCAUCUCCACGGAGACCAGCCAAAACAACAUUUACA